AUGUCUGCUGUUAUAACAGUUGUUAAGAAAAAUGGUGGGUUCCAAAAUGCCAAUAUGGUAUUAAACAAGUCCAUACAAGGAUUUGUAUCCAGUGAUGAAGAUGAAGAUAAUAUUCUUGACAAUGACAUCGAUAUAUCAAGUUCCGAAUCUGACAGUGAAAAUGGUACAAGCAAAGAUCGAUUGAGUUUUCAAAUUGUGACACCUGGUGAAUUGAUUACUGAAGACCCUAUUUGGAUGAGGGGUCAUGGAACAUAUUUUUAA